AUGAAGCUCGACGUAGAUGCUCUCAGGUAUCUCUCGAAGGACGACUUUAGGGUUCUUACAGCUGUGGAGAUGGGGAUGCGGAAUGUACGUACAUUGCCACCUACAGUUUCCAUUUUCUGGCUGCAUGUAUGGCACUUAUAAUACUGUUCUCUUUAAUUGGUUUCCAUUGACAGCAUGAGAUUGUUCCAUCUGAACUCAUCGACCGAAUUGCGGGUCUCAAGUAAGAAUGUUCUGUUCUUUCUCAGAUUUCAUUUUCUACAGUGUUAGUAAGAUUUUUGAUGUAGUUUUUUUAAAAAAUAUUUAUUAAACUAGGCAUGGGGGCACUUACAAAGUACUGAAGAAUCUGCUCAAGCAUAAGUUGGUCCAUCAUGAUUCUUCCAAGUGUACGGCAUGGUGUUUUUACAAAUAAUUAUCUUCUAUGCAUUUAUUGUGUCAAUGGUCAAACUAUAAUACUAUAAUAUAUGAUGUGCUUAUGCAGACGAUGGUUUUCGGCUGACUUACCUGGGAUAUGAUUUCCUUGCGAUCAAGGCUCUAGUCAACCGUGGUGUUUUCGCUGCUGUUGGACGCCAAAUCGGUGUUGGAAAAGAGUCCGGUAACGUAAAAUCAUUUCUUCUUGCUGAUGCAAUUUUUUGAUAUUAUUGCUCUACUGACUUCUGCAUGGAAGAUAUAUUUGAGGUUGCUAUGGAGGAUGGCACUGUUUUGGCUAUGAAGCUGCAUAGGUUGGGUAGGACAUCUUUCAGGGCUGUGAAGUCCAAGCGUGACUACCUUCUGCACAGGAAAAGUUUUAAUUGGCUCUAUCUUUCACGUCUAGCUGCCCUCAAAGAGUUUGCAUUUAUGAAGGCGAGUAUGCUGUGAGCUUUCUCCUUUAACGUACGUUUGUGAACUAACAAUCACUGUUUUCUGGGGUGUAUUUUCUGUCUCAUUCAUGUUUUUCUAUGCUACAGGCUCUAGGAGAACAUGGAUUUCCUGUGCCUAAUGCUGUGGACUGCAAUCGCCAUUGCAUAGUCAUGUCUCUUGUACUGGGCUAUCCCCUGUAAGGAUUUAUUUCCCUUUUUACUCUCUGCAUCCUGUGUUUUUCUUUCUGUAAAGUUACACCAUCUUAUGUCCAUACAGUGUACAAGUGAGGGAAUUGCGAAACCCAGAUGUGGUUUUCGAAACAAUAGUUGGUCUUGUUGUUCGUUUAGCAGAGCACGGUCUUAUCCAUUGUGAUUUUAAUGAAUUCAACAUCAUGGUAAGUUUCGAAUGCUAUUUUCUUCAACUACAUGGAGCGCUCUUACGGUGCAUAGAUGUAUAUUUUUUGGUGAAAUCUCAUUAUCAUCGGUGUAUCGCUGAUAUUUCUACUCUUUAUUCUUAUUAAGCCUUGGUAACUAGAAUUUUUCUUUCAAAAUUGAAAACAAAUGGAAAAUAGAAACCAGAGGACAUUACUUUCAUUUUUGCAUACAUAUUUUCCUGUUCAAUUCCUUAUUUCAUAUGUAAUGGUAUGGAUGAUGUGAAUGAUGGCUAUAGAUUAAUUAUUUCCUUAUUAUAUAUUUCUUCUAUUCACCAAAAGCUUAAGUGCCACCUUAAGGCUAGUGGUGUCAUUAAAGUAUUUUAUCUUAAAGAUAGAUGAUUCCCUUUCUGGACAAAAGAGUUGUCUACUCUGUAUAAAGAUGGGAAUAAGCUAUGUGCAGACAUUGCAUGCUUAUAGUUCUUUGAAAUGGGUACAUAAGGUUUCUCUUAAGUAAAUUUGCAAUAUAGUUUUUGAAAGGAUUAAAUAUGUAAAAUUAAUCUAAUGAAGGAUUAACUUGCACAUAGGAGAGUGUCACUACUGAUGCACAUAUUUAUUAGACUAUGUCAAAACGAAUAAGCCCAUUCUUUAUAGGAUCCUGGAACUGAUGAACCUUUUUUUUUUUCUUGUUUGGCAGAUUGAUGAUGACGAGAAUAUUACUAUGAUUGAUUUUCCGCAGAUGGUCUCGGUUGCUCAUCGAAAUGGACAAAUGUAACAUUUAUUGCUAUUUCCAGAAGUUACAUCAUACCUAUAUUCGAGCUUUAUUUAUGUCAGUUUCCUAGGUUUCUGAAAGAUCCUGAUUGUUUCAGGUACUUUGACCGUGAUGUUGACGGCAUCUACAAGUUCUUCAGAAAGAGGUUUUUGCUAAAUUUGUUCAAGUGGUCCUUCACCAUUCGAGCCAAUUAUGAGUUAUUGCAUGAUGACAAGAAAUACGUGGUUCAGUGUCCAUUUGCGAUUGCUAAGCUCUCGAACCUAAAUGCGAAAUUUAUUCUUUAAACCUGAUUAUGUCAUCAUUAACUAAUGAAAAGAAGAGAUGUCAUCAUUAACUAAAGACCCGGCAAUGGAUUUUAGACUUCUCUUCAUUGUAAAUUUUUGAUCUUAUUACUGUGGAAUUAGAUCUAAUGGAAAUAUAUAUUAAUUUGGAAAUUUUAGUUUCCUUAGAGUUGAAAUAGGUAACAUAGAUGAAUGCUUAUGUUUUGGAUCUUAAUGUGAUGUGUAUGGAUAUGUACAUUUAUACAUACACAAUUCAGCUCUCAAUACGACAUUGCGAAAGUAGCUCUUUCUGGAAAUAUCACAUACACAGUGACAAUUAUUGAUGUUAUUAUACCAAUGGAAUAUGUUAUAUUCAAAUGUCAUUACUACUGGGAAAGUGGAGGUAAAAGCACACACUACCCCGAGAAACAAUGGUAGCCUUGCAGAAAUCGUAUGCUUAUUGUAAACCUGAUUACCCGUCCGCUAUCUAGGACUCCCUUUAGAAGCCUCUUAGAAUGCACGGCUGGAUGAAAUUAGAGGAAAAUUCGGAAGUUUAAAGGUCUUCUCCCAGCAGUGUUUUUUAGCAUCAACGUUUGUUAUCCACUCAUCUUCAAGGUGCCUCAGGAAGCAUGCAGGAAAGAGGAAACUAUGGGAGCAAUUUUUCUGGAAAAAUGGUGAAAAGGUACAUCAAAUGUUGCCACGGACGACCUUUUGGAAAGAAAUUGAAAACGUGCAUUUGAAAGUGAGAUCUUUUGUUAAACAUGUUCAUGAAAAGGUCCGGGUGGAAUAUUAAAGAAGCAUGCACCUUUUAUUGUUCCUUCGAAGAAAUUAUGGGUGGUGGUGUUAUUCUCCAGCCUUGGAAAUGCUAUCUGGAGUUCUCAACGUCCAGUGACAGACAUCAAGACAACUUUCUAUGCCUUGGUGGGAUUCAACGUAUCCUUUUAAUUCAGAGGAAGGUUGCUGGAAGCUGAUCACCCCACUACUGGCUAUUUGAUGGGCAAGAAACCAGAAAAAAUAGAAUCAAUCCAUGCUACCAAACCAUGUUCUCCACUCUCCAGAAAGUAGCCUCUUUGGUGAAGGCUUGAGAGUGGAUCAUAUCAGGUUCAUGUAUCUGAAGAUAUUGUUGCACUUAAACCCUAAGCGAUUGGAGGAAUCCCUUUCAUUGACAGCUUUUGUGCUAGAUAGAACUUUGGAUAUCCUCUUCCGUCUAACUUUCUUGCUUGAACCUCUUGAGAGGCCACAAUCUCUCUUUUCAAUUUGUACUUUCCCCUGUUUUAUGAUUAAAAUGUGUUAAUUCACUUCGUUCUCCGAAAACAUGUUGCAAACUACCAGCAGAAUACCGGAAUUUCAUGUAUGACCUAUCACAGAUCAUUGCCAUCAGCUGCCAUAUCUAGUGCAUCUGUUGCCUGAAAAACUCAACUAUGUUGUUUAUUUUCCAGGUUCAACCAUUCUGUUGUAGAGGACUCACACAGCAGUCACGAGACAGAAUCAGACAUUGAAGAAGAAGAAAGGCCAUCAUUUUCUUCUCUAGCUAAAGCUACUGGAUUUUUGGACAAAGAACUUGCCGCCAGUGGGUUUACACGACGGGAGCAAGAGCAGAUCGAAAGUGUAACGUUCACUAGUUUCGGUGGUUCAUAUAUUUCAUGAUUAGUUUUUAUUUCAUAUUUAGGUCAAUGGAAAAUGCUAGAGUUUAUAAAUAGAAGAAUCCUGGGUUUGAUGUGGAUGCCCUAUUUUGACUUUUAGUAAUGGCUAAUUUAUUUGAUCUAUUAGUUGUAACCUAAGGUACAUUUGGUUAUUUGGAAUAAAAAACUCGGAAGGACUUCAUAUUAAGUGAAUUUCAGUCAAACACGAGAGGCCCUAGGUAAACGUCAAUAAAAAUUGUGAGAACAGAUUCAACGAACCCAUCAAUCUCUAAGCACCUGAUGCUCGACUGGGACAAUUAGAAAGCUUUCAUUUACUAUGCCGAAAGCAUAAAUUUAUGGUUCGAACUUGGUCAUGCCAAUUUGGUAUUUCAUAUGCUUUAUGUUUUAUCCAUUGUAUCAUUUUUAUGAUUCAAUAUGACCGGGAAGAAAAUAUUUCGUAUUGCACUUAUCCUUAUAAUGGCAUGAUAUUAUUACAGUGAGUCAGAUCAUUUCUCUGAUGUUCUAGGGCAAUGCAGACUGCAAAAUGAGUCAGCUACCCUUUUCACACCAUAAAACUUUUCUUAUAUCUAAAUAACAUAGUCAAGGAAUUCGACAUCUUUUGGGUGGGGGAAGCUCAUGAUUGCCCUCUCAUAGAAGUGCUCACUGAGCUUGUUGCAACGGGGUUGGUAUUAUGUGGACAACUGACCAUAAAACUUAUCCAAUGACUGUAACCAGAUCCUAGAUUCUGAAGUCAUUGCUUCAUCUUCCAUAGUCUUUUGAUUCUCACUUGCAUGCUAUUGUGCAAUCUACUUUUCUUCACUCCUACCCUCGAAAUUCUUUUCAUUUUCACUGCCAGGGAAUAACGAAUGUGGCUUCGACCCAAUGGAGAGGUUGUGUGUUUUUUAUUUUGUGUGAUGUUGUUUUUUUGAUCUAUGGAAAUGUGAAACUAAUCUUAUUAUGUUAAUCACCCACACUUCUGAUGAUCAUGGCGUUAGACAUCUUUCUCCUAUGGCUUUUGGAGCUAAUUUAGGUUGCCUUCAAUUCAGUGUGCCUUUAAUAAUUUUCUAAAUCUAUUCUGACGUCUGUUUUAUAGUUUAUUGAAGGAAGUGAAGCCGAGAACAGUUCAGGCUCUGAUGAGGACGAUGUUGAUGACAGUGAGUUCAUGCCAGAGAAGGUCGAUGAAGAUUUGAGCUCACUGAAUUCCUUGCGUUUGGCUGAUCAGGUGCAAACCUCAUUGCUGUUUUUAUACGUUUCCUCUUGCCAACAAAAUCAUGGAUCCUGGUAAAUUUAUUUCUGAUUAAACUUUGCAUAACUCUCUAGAUUCAUAAAGUAGACUACCAAAUAAGAGCAAAGCAGCACAUCCGUAUAAUCCGUAGGAGAUCUACAAUGCCAUACAGAUUUAUUCUUGCUUGCUCAUCCGAGUUUGGAUGUUCGAGGUUGCCAAGUAUUUCUCUUUCUAAGAGGGUAGGAACACCUUUCUUCUGUUGAAAUUGAGCAGGGCCUUCAAAUUUGACAUUUUAUUCAUCUUCUUCCUCCGAUUUCGAGUUAUAAAAUUGUUGUCAUGACUGCAUAGCGCUCUGUGUUUCAAGGUUAAGGUUAUGAAGUGGCCGAAACUGAAGGAUGAGGAAAACCAGUAAAGUAUUUGCUUCUAAGUGCUUCGUAAGGAUUUGUCGAUCAAUACUCUGGUAUUAGAAAUUUGGUUGUUUUGUGGGAAUCUGAGUCUUCUGGUGCUGGCGCCAUCUAGAAUGAAACCCAUAUAAUCUAGAACUCAUGCGGACAAAUGGAAAGCAUUUAUCCUGAAUUUCACUUAUUUCUCACUCAUUGGAAACUUUUCUUCUGCUUUUUCUUGUAUUUCAGUAUUCUUGUCUUGGGGUGGUUUUAAGUUGGUACUGAUUUUUCAAUGUCUUGCUUCUCCAUUUAGCCGUCUGACGUCACCUCCACUCUCGAGGAUGUUGUGGAGGAGAAUUGUCCUGGCUCGAGCUCUGAGUGCAGUCUACCUCAAAGUAAUCAUGACAACACUGUCGUCAAAACUUCAGAGGAUAAAGAGGUAUAUGACCCUUUCUCGGAGUACAAUUAUCUUUAAAAACUUGUGAAUAAUCAUCCAUUAUUAGUGGUGCCAUCGGGCAGAGUAAGCCUGGGUCAAACCUUCCCCAUCCCAGCCCUUAUCAGAGAUUUCUCUCUCUCUCUCUCUCUGUGAUCUUCACACAGAGGCCCAGACUAGGCCCAGGCUUCACUGGAGCUCAUUUUUGAGGGAUUUUUUUCUUUGUCCAGAGUGGCAGGGCAAGGCUGGGCCCGCCGGUUGACAUUCCUAUCUAUUCAUAAUCAGCUAUUCUCAAGUACCAUUAUUGAAGAAGUCAAAUGUCAUCAAGAUUGAAUUCAUCAACUCAUCGGCUACUGCCUUCGUCGUCUCUUCAUCACACUUUGGUAACCUGGGCUCGUUUAUUUCAGGGUGAGGAUGGUGAUGAUGAUGAUGAUGAUGAUGAUGCUCAUAGCCCAGAUAAUGGCGAUGCUGUACUCCACAGACGCUUGGUCAAGCAGAGGCGCCGGGCAGUGGCGGCAGCUCAGGGUGGGCGGAAAACUCUCUCCUCUAGAAACUCAUACAAGGAAAAGGGCAGCAAAGGCGCCCAGAGCAGCUCAAAAGCCAUGCGGCAAGCCUGUAAGUGGUAA